AAAAAGACGCCCACAUCGGAUGCUGAGCUUGUGACUGAGACAACCGACAUGUAACUGGUAAACCGGCGGAUGACCGACAACAAGAGUUGACGACACACUCUCCACUGCUCAGUGCUUUACAUGCCAACUAAUAAUAUUCAGAAAAGUAACGUUACAUGGUCCAUCUCUUGAUUUUGCGCUCAGCAGACUGUUUCGGUUCAGAAAAUCCAAACACAAAGCAGUAAAGCUCACCGGUCAACGAAAAGCGAGCAGCAGAGAGAAGACUAGCCUACCAAGUCGGACAUUAUCACAAUUCUCAACCAAGAGGUCGGAAUCACUUGAAUGCGAAGAUGACAGACGCGGUCGUAGACGGUAAAUUGGAGCUGGUGAAACAGGCAACGAAAUAUGUAAAAGAGACCGAGAACGUCGCGGAAAAAUAUUCUGCGAUGACCGUUAGCAAGAACAGCGACAUGAACAUGAAUGUCGGUGAAUUGCAGUCCGCCGCAUUCACUGCGGUGCCCACUCUCAAAUCUGUCAAGAAGAUCCAGUUUGCGGAGGAUAAACAGGAGUUUCAGAAGUACCCCACGAAGGCCGGCCGGCGCUCCCUGUCUCGCUCCAUCUCCCAGUCCUCCACAGAUAGCUACAGCUCAGCUGCAUCCUACUCAGACAGCUCAGAUGACGAGACCUCUCCUCGGGACAAGGCCCAGGCCAACUCCAAGGGCAGCAGCGACUUCUGCGUUAAGAACGUCAAACAGGCAGAGUUCGGCAGACGGGAGAUCGAGAUCGCAGAGCAAGAUAUGUCAGCCCUGAUCUCGCUGAGGAAGAGAGCCCAGGGGGAGAAGCCUCUAGCUGGGGCGAAGAUAGUGGGCUGCACCCACAUAACAGCUCAGACUGCAGUUCUGAUUGAGACCCUGGUAGCUCUCGGAGCUCAGUGUCGUUGGACAGCCUGUAACAUCUACUCUACUCUGGCUGCUGCCCUGGCAGAGACAGGUGUGCCUGUGUUUGCGUGGAAGGGCGAGUCAGAGGAUGACUUUUGGUGGUGCAUCGACCGCUGUGUCAACACGGAAGGCUGGCAGGCCAACAUGAUCUUGGAUGACGGAGGGGAUCUGACCCACUGGGUUUAUAAGAAGUACCCCAGCGUGUUCAAGAAGGCUCAGGGCAUCGUGGAGGAGAGUGUCACUGGAGUCCACAGGUUGUACCAGCUGUCCAAGGCAGGCAAGCUGUGUGUCCCGGCCAUGAACGUGAACGACUCUGUUACCAAGCAGAAGUUUGACAACCUCUACUGCUGCAGAGAGUCCAUCCUGGACGGUUUGAAGAGGACCACUGAUGUGAUGUUUGGGGGGAAACAGGUGGUGGUGUGCGGUUAUGGAGAGGUGGGGAAGGGUUGCUGUUCUGCCCUGAAGGCCCUGGGAGCCAUCGUCUGCAUCACGGAGAUAGACCCCAUCUGCGCCCUGCAGGGCUGCAUGGAUGGGUUCAGGGUGGUGAAGCUGAAUGAAGUCAUUCGUCAGAUGGACCUGGUGAUAACCUGCACAGGCAAUAAGAACGUGGUGACCAGAGAGCAGCUGGACCGGAUGAAGAAUGGCUGUAUAGUCUGCAACAUGGGACAUUCCAAUACCGAGAUUGAUGUGGCCAGCCUGAGGAGCCCGGAGCUUACCUGGGAGAGGGUGCGUUCUCAGGUGGACCAUGUGAUCUGGCCCGAUGGCAAGAGGGUUGUCCUGCUGGCUGAGGGUCGUCUUUUGAAUCUGAGCUGUUCUACAGUGCCUACGUUUGUCCUGUCUAUCACAGCCACUACUCAGGCCCUGGCUCUGAUUGAGUUGUUCAAUGCUCCUGAGGGACGCUACAAACAGGAUGUCUAUUUGCUGCCUAAGAAGAUGGAUGAGUAUGUGGCCAGCUUGCAUCUGUCCAAUUUUGACGCCCACCUGACAGAGUUGUCUGAUGAGCAGGCGAAGUACAUGGGUCUGAACAAGAACGGCCCCUUCAAACCCAACUACUACAGGUAUUGA